GAGGCAAUUCCCAAAACAAAUCCGGAUUGUUCCCCCAUCGAAGCUCCGGCCAGGCGGCGCUCCCCCUAAAAAAAAGGCACCUCCCAGGUCUUCUCGCACCCGCUUCCCGCACAGGCUAGGAAUUUAUCUCCAGGCAAAAGGUAGCAAUAACACGAGACCAGGUUCCCAGUUCACAAUGGGCAGGGCUGUUUUGAAUUCCCAGUGACUCCCAGUACUUCAUUCCAGCCAUGUUCGCUCAUCCUCACAAGUUCAGCUUUCCCAGCGGGAAUGCCUCGGAUUGUGUCAACGGCUCGGAGUGGAUCCUGAAUGUCUUCCACGAGUGCGCUCGGGAUGGCUGGGAUGUCGCCAGCGUGGGGCUGGGCCUGGUCUCCAUCGCCUGCUUUGCUGGGGCUUCUUUCCCUCAGUUCUACCUGGCCUGUAAAACGGGCAUCAUGGACCAGGCCCUGUCCGUCUACUUCCUGCUGGGAUGGCUCGGAGGCGAUUCUCUGAACUUAGUCGGGUCUUUCUUGGCUGACCAGCUGCCGUUACAGGUAUACACCGCUAUUUACUACGUGCUGGCUGAUUUACUCAUGAUCUCCCUCUACGUCUAUUACAAAGUCAAGAAUCAAAACAGAGUCUUUUCGGCUUCGAUCAACGCCGUCUUCGCAUUCGCGGUCCUGGGAGCGACGUUGACGCCCACCUGGCAAGGGGGACCUGCCUCUUCUCAACCGGGUGAUGAUGGAAGGAUGUUCAAAAGCAGGAGACUUUUAUCCUCUGCGGACUAUUCAUCGGGCUGGGAGCCUUUCACCCAAAAGGAGAUCUGCGGCUUUGUGAUUGGAUCCACUUCGUCGGUGCUCUACUUGUUUUCCCGGGUCCCCCAGAUCUACACCAAUUUCAAGAGGAAAUGCACUACCGGAAUCUCUUACUCUCUUUUCGCCCUGGUGAUGCUGGGAAACACACUCUACGGUCUCAGCGUCUUAAUGAAAAACCCGGAUCCGGGGCAGUCGGAAGCCAAUUACGUGAUCCACCAUUUGCCCUGGCUGGUCGGAAGCUUGGGGGUUCUGUCCCUCGACAUUGUGAUUUCGUGCCAAUUCCUGGCUUAUCGUCGGAGGAAGCUGCCCGUCCUGGAAGAAAGAGAUGCUCUUUUGGGCAGAGAUGACGACUCUGUGGAAAGCUGAAUGGAUCUGCCAAGAUUCGGGUCUUUUGGCUGCGUUGGGAUUCCAACAGUUGUUUUUUUUGGGGGGGGGGGAUUUCGUCCUGAAAACUCUAUAGAUAAAAAGCACCUGACCUUUUCUCUCUAGGAAAAAAAAAAAAGUUCGCCUCUGGAAAAGACGCGGCCGCCUUUACGAAAUCCUUUGCUACCUCCUUUGGGGGGUGGGGGAAGAAAAAAAUAAUAAUGGAAGAAAUGAACAUUGAAACAUUGAAAGACUUGUGUUCUGCAAAGACAGCGAACUUUUUAUCGAUGGAAUUUCCCCCCCAUCCCCCCGCCCCAAAAGGGAAAACUGUAACUUAUGAAAUGGAAGUGUUGAAAAACAAAAACCCAACCAAACCCCAAAAACGAAUUCGGGACCCAGCAGCUGGCUGCCUGGACCCUCGUUGAGGCUCAAGAGUAAAGAGAAGAGUAAAAGGGGGGGGAGGGGGUCUUUUUUUUUUCUUCACACAAGGGGCAUUGAGAAAUAAAUAAAAAAAUAUUCCCACCACCCUGGCAGGAGUGGAGAUGGUUUUUGGCUUAACCCUGGAUACCUUGUCGCCUCGCCCUGGAAGCGACGGUGGGUGGGCUUCAAAAAUUUUACCAAGGGGGGUUCU